CGAGCUCUCAUUCCACAAAUGUUUCGCGCUCUCUCCUCUCAUUAAACUCACUCACUCUCCCGGUCGCUGUCUCUGUCCGGGAAGGUUGCUUUCAGCAAAACCGCCUGUUGGGAUUCAUUUCAGUGGUGAGCUACAAACAGACACGCUUUCCUGCUGUUUUCUGUCUAUCCCGGACGUCUGCAGUAUAUUCGUGUGUUUGCGAGCCUGCUGUGUGUUUAUACUAUUAUAACGGAAUACACUCGAAUCUUCUCCCUGUGAAGAAAGAGGCGACGGACCGCCUGAACUCAACUAGCCGCUAAAGUCUCAUCUCGGCGGGGGUCUUGUUUUGUGUUUAACGGAGGACCCUGGUUCUGAGAACCCCCACAAGAUGGAGAAGUUAGAGAAGGGAAUCAAGCCAGUGGAAGAGUGUGAAUCUCCCGAGGACGACGUGGUUGACCCCCGGAUCCAGGGAGAGUUGGACAAGUUGAACCAGUCUACAGAGGACAUCAACCGCUGGGAGACAGAGCUGGAGGACUGUCGUCAGAGGUUCCGCACGGUGCUGGUGGAAGCCACAGUGAAGCUGGAUGAGCAGGUGAAGAGGAUCGGCAGAGAUGUAGAAGACUCCAAACCUUACUGGGAGGCCAGGAGAGUGGCCAGACAGGCCCAGCUGGAGGCCCAGAGGGCGACAGGGGAGUUCCAGCGUGCGGUGGAGAUCCUGGGGGCGGCUAAAGAGACCAUCGCCCUGGCAGAGGAGAGACUCCUGGAAGAGGACAGCAGACAGUUUGACUCAGCCUGGCAGGAGAUGCUCAACCACGCCACCAACAGGGUGAUGGAGGCGGAGAUGACGAGGACUCGUAGCGAAUUAGAGCACAGAAAGACGGCGAACCAGUACAACGCCUGCAUCAGUCAUAUGAGACAGCUGGAGAAGAAACUCAAACGCACCAUCAACAAGUCCAGGCCAUAUUUUGAACUGAAGGCGAAAUACUACCUAAAACUGGAGCAACUAAAACGUUGCGUAGACGAGCAUCAGGCGAAACUGACCGUCGCCAAGGCAGACUACCGCACAGCACUGCGUAACCUAGAGACCAUCUCAGAGGAGAUCCACGCCCGGCGACGCUCCAUCACCAUGGGAACCAGAGGGAGGGGCGUGGGGGCCGAGGGUGAGGGAGACCAUGAGGACAUUACCAACUUCAAGAUGGAGUCAGACGGACUGUCCAUGGUGUCUGUGACGUUUGAUGAAGAAGGAGGAUCAGAGGAAGAGACCGAAUCACACUCCACUUCCGCUCCCCUCGACAUGACCUCCUCCUCCCAUCAUCCCUCCUCCUCCUUCUUCACCCCCUCUGCCUACCUCUCCUCUGCCCCCUCUCUCCUCUCCUCGUCCUGUCCCAGUACCACGGAGGGACCCAGUCCUGGCGGCUGGCUAAGCCCAGAGUCGAGGUGUGGUUCAGGGCAUGACUGUACUCACCUCGGCCCCCGUUCCCAGUGCAGUGGGGCCUCCUCCCCAGACCCAGACUGCGACCAAGAGAGAGGGGACAGAGCAGAGGGAGCAGAGCAGAAGUCGGGUCUGGGUAAGCUGACCCUGACCAUAACACACCCACUACAUCCCGGGAAGGAUGACCCCAAAGGUGACCCUAAGACGACCUCUAGCCCCACACCCCACAACCAAUAGCCCUGUUCCCAUCAUCCUCCUGACCAACAGCGGAUAACGGACAGAAGACCUCACCUCUCACAUCGUAUCAUUGACUCAUGACCUUUAAACCUGAACUCUGAGGCUUUCUAUGGACUUUAGUGUUUAUGUUCACCCCAGAGGGAAAUCUGAAAUCAGCCCCUAUUCCAUACAUAGGAAAUAAGGAAUAGUGGAAAUCAGUGGAGGCUGAUGGGAGUAGCUGUAGGAGGACUGGCUCAUUGUAAUGGCUGGAAUGGAAUGAAUGGA